AUGAAAGGCCUCGCUUGCGUCUUCGUCCUGCUCGCUGUGUGCACUGGUGCUUCCCACCAAGUCCAGGCCAGUGACAGGCCGGCUGAAGAUGGAGUGAACCUGAAUAAUGCCCUGACCACGCCUGGACACGAAGUCUCAGGGCGUCUGCGCGAGCCAGGCCUCGAGUCAUCCAACACCCAGGAAGUCUUCCCAAGCUCCUCCUCUGAGCCCCGCGGCUUCAAGGGGGCUGCGGGGAACUUUGACGAGAAUGGCGCCAUCAGCAUUGUGGAUGAGAAUGGCCAUGCCAGGACCAUCUACGUCCCUGCUGCAACGCACAUUCCCUGGUGGCGCUGCUGGCCCUUCUGGCGCAGCUGCAGGCACCUCGCUGCAACUUCUGACAACAGCUUCACAGCUGCCGGCACCGGCGCAGGCCGCAAGCUGGCGGACUUUGGCGGCUUUGGACACGGCCGUGACUUCGCGGGCCGUGGCUUUGAGAUUCGGAUUCGGGUUCGGCGGCGAAUCUGCCGCGGCAGCCGCCGCAGCCGCAGGAAACGCUCCGGCUUUGGCCGCGAGCUGGCAGAUUUUGGCGGCUUUGAACAGGGCCGUGACUUCGGGGGCCAUGGCUUUGAGAACUGUGAGUUCGGCUUCGGCGGCGAAUCUGCCGCGGCAGCCGCCGCAGCUGCAGCAAGCUCUGGCUUUGGCCGCAAGCUGGCGGGCUUUGGCGGCUUUGGUGACCGUGGCUUUGGAGAGGGCCGUGGCUUUGAGAACCGCGAAUUUGGCUUCGGCGGAGAAUCUGCUGCGGCCGCCGCCGCUGCCGCUGCAGCAAGUGCGGAUUGA